AUGCCAUCCGCAACGACUGGAUCGGCUGCGCCGGCUCACAGCUUCGACCAAGACGUGGAUGACUUUCUGCGCGACCUUCCCAUUGAUCGCGACAAGCCUGCAGAAAACCACUACGUGCCGCAGAUCAAGGACGUUGACGAAGAAAUCAAGGUCCGCAAGAAGCGAGCGCCAAAUCCGAAACUUGAUGACAAUCUACUUCUCUCCAGUAACGGCCUGCCUCGGCUACGGCGCAUCGCAAAGUCGAAGCUAAAGUUCAGAGGAAAAGGCCACGAAUGCAGCGAUAUAGGCAGGCUGCUGAACACGUAUCAGUUAUGGCUGGAUGAUCUCUACCCAAAGGCGAAGUUCAAGGAUGCCCUAGCUAUGGUUGAGAAGCUUGGCCACAGCAAGCGUAUGCAGGUUACAAGAAAGGCGUGGAUCGAUGCUACGAAGCCGAACAGACGUGAUGACAGUCCCGAGAGGCGAGAGGAAUAUGCAAUGAGCGGCGCACUUGAUGGUCCGCCUGCGGGCAACGACCGACAGGUAGAAUGCGGGUUUGAUUCGUUUGGCGACAAGGACGACCAUUUGUCUGAGCACCAGCAGCAAAUACAGAGUGGAGACGUUCCCAAUGAAGCCGAGCUUGAUGACAUGAUACGCGAGAAUUAUAUCAGCAAUCAUGCCUCCAACGGCCAUUGGGGACGAUCGUUCUUGCAUAACGAUGAGACCAGCGACGAUGAGCUCGAUGCGUUACUGGCUGAAAAUACCGAAGCCGGCAAAGGCGCUUUAGUGAAACGUAGGGAUCCACUCCAAGACGAUCCAAGCGACGCGGAAGACGAUCUGGACGCUCUGCUGGCAGAGCAGAGUUAUGUUACUGCGCCCAAUGCGGCAAACCGAGCAGACUUGGGUACAGAAUCGCGGACGUGCGAUGAUUUUGCGGAUGAUGAAGAAGCCAUGGCUGGCCUCGGAGGCGAGUGGUAA